AUGCCGGCUAAGGGCCAGCCCCCGCCUCAGCCUGGAGCCUCUACGGCGGGACCAGCCCCCCGGGGCCGGCCGGACACCCUCAGCCGAGGACGCUUGAGGCUGCCUCGCCUCCCGCUCCAUCUGCCGGGGGUCUACACGGAGGAUCCGGCCUCGCUCGCCUGCCCCGAGAUGGCGGCCGCCGGCCGGGUGCUGAGCGCCCUGCCCCUCGCCGCCGUCCCCAGGCCGCCGCUCGCCGCCUCCGUCCGCGCCAACUCCAACCGCGCCUCCGUCUCCCACCUCCGCAGGCAGCUCUACGGCCGCCUCUACCCCGUCCUCCUGGUCAAAACCGACGGCUCCACCGUCCGCCUGCGCUACGGGGAGCCGAAGAGGAUCCUGAUGCUGCCCCUGGACAGCAGCGCGCUGCCCGAGGCGGAGCGCAAGGCCCGGCUCGGCAGCGCCGGCCGGCUGAUGCUCUCCAAGGAGGACAAGGAGGCGGCCAAGAUGGGGCUCUCCGUCUUCACGCACCAGAAAGUCUCCAGCAGCCCCGAGACAUCUGGCUCCAAGAAGAAGCAGGAAAAGGAGGAGAAGGUGGAGGAGAAACGGCACCACCGAAGGAAAACCCAGCAGCGCCCCGAGACGUCGCGGCACGGCGGCCGGCGUCGGCACGAUACGGAUUCCUCCGCCAGCAGUCGGGAUUCGGGCAGGAGCCCCUCACGCCGUCCUGCCCGUCGGCGGAGCCGGAGCAGGGACGGCCGCGGUCGGCACCCGUCCCCGCGGCGCAAGGGGAGGAAGAGGAGCAGGAGCAGGUCUCCCCCAUCCCGUGGGGUCAGGCAGCGCCACGACACCGAUUCGGAUGACUGA